ACGAAUCCAACGGUUCAGAUUCAGUUUUGUUCUUGCCCAUUCCCUCUUGCUUUCUAUAUUCGCUUAUUCUUCUUUCGUUUUCCUCUGGUUGUCUCUGUCUUUUUCGCAUUUCUGCUCCAUUUUUGCAGCUUUCUGAAACCAUGUCUUCGUCCGAGAAGGAGAGAGAGACACAGGUCUACUUGGCCAAGCUCGCCGAGCAGGCCGAGCGCUAUGACGAAAUGGUUGAGUGUAUGAAGAAUAUUGCAAAGCUUGAUCUCGAACUAACUGUGGAGGAGAGGAACCUUCUCUCUGUCGGGUACAAAAAUGUCAUAGGUGCACGACGAGCCUCUUGGCGCAUCAUGUCUUCAAUUGAGCAGAAAGAGGAGUCCAAGGGAAAUGAAGGCAUUGUAAAAUUGAUAAAGGGUUACCGCCAGAAAGUAGAGGAGGAACUUUCAAAGAUUUGUGGUGAUAUUCUCUCUAUCAUAGACAAGCAUCUAAUCCCCCAUUCGUCCUCUGCAGAAGCCACGGUCUUCUACUAUAAGAUGAAAGGUGACUACUUUCGCUAUCUUGCUGAGUUCAAGACAGAUCAAGAUAGAAAAGAAGCUGCUGAUCAGUCAUUGAAGGGAUAUGAGGCUGCCUCAAGCACUGCAAAUACUGAACUCCCAUCAACCCAUCCCAUCCGGCUUGGCCUUGCUCUCAAUUUUUCUGUCUUCUACUAUGAGAUUAUGAAUUCUCCUGAGAGAGCUUGCCAUUUAGCUAAACAAGCUUUUGAUGAGGCAAUUGCAGAGUUGGAUACCUUGAGUGAGGAAUCAUACAAGGACAGCACUCUAAUCAUGCAACUGUUGAGAGACAACCUCACCCUCUGGACCUCAGAUUUGCCUGAAGACGGCGGUGAAGAGAACGUCAAAGCUGAGGAUUCCAAGCCUGUUGAACCUGAGCCCCAGCAAGCGAAAUGAGAGAGCCUCUCUACACAUCAUCUAGAGAUCGGAUUUCUUUCCAAAGAGAAUUUAAAGAAUAGCUCAACAGUGUGGGAUUGGACUGCACUAUCAGAUUUCUUGCGGCGUUUUUCUAUUCAUUUGGUCCACAACUGAAGCUGGAGUUUUUUUUUUUUUAAUUUUGCCAAGCUUUUGUUUCAAGUUCAAAUUCAAAUUCACCUCUUCUUUCAUGUUGUUGAUUCGUAAAACUAAGUGGAUAAUUGAAUCACAACUAUCAUAGCUUUAUCUCUAUUAUUGUAAUAUGAUAGUAUCGCAUACUUAUGAUCUA